AGGCUUCUACUCACUUACUCAUUCAGUCCAAGCAGCAUCGCAGCGAGAGCCUCGGCUAGAGCCCCACCAAAAUGAACCUCAUCCUCAGCCUGGAGGUGCUCCUCUCUGUGAUGGUAGUGACCACAGCGACUGUGGUGGAAGACUUCAACCAUGUGGAGAGAUGCAAAGACUCACUGUACAUGGGCACUCCACCGAGGGGCAUCAUCGAAACCCACCUGAAGAAGAUAUGCCAGCGUUACGCCGACAAGCCACGCUACGUAACCCUGUAUGACCCCCGCAAGCGCAUCCCCGUCUACUCUGCGUACACGUUCAAGAAAACCGAGGGUGACCGGAGGGUGGACUACCCUUGGAUGUACGAGCCUCAGCUUGCAGAAACAGAUGGCAAUGGAAACAUGCUUCCAUUCCCUACCGGCUACCUGCACAUGAAGUUUGAAGACAGCCAGGCGGUCCUCGAAGACUAUUCCGACGUGGUUUUGUACGAGAGAGGUCAUCUGAACCCUGAUCAGCACCAAUCUGACCCUCAUGACCGCGCUGCUACGUACACCUUGACCAACGUGGUGCCUGAAAUCCGGGAGUUUAACAUCGGGCCCUGGAGAGAGUAUGAGGAACGCAUUAGAGUUCGCCUCAACAACUACUGCCGUGGAACCGCGUUCAUUGUGACCGGUGUGACCACUGCAGGCUACAUGAUCCGCCGAAACAACCAGGACCGCGUGGCCAUCCCAGAAGAUGUUUGGUCGGCCUACUGUUGCACCGAAUAUGACCGAAACGCGCCGCACGACGUCCGAAUCCGCUUCCCCACCCAGGGUGCUCUGGCCAAAAACGCCAAGGAGGGCAACGCGGUCCACGAGAUGCCCGUGCAGGACCUGGAGAACUUCCUGAAGACCAGAAUGGACGUGGACCAGAACCUGCAGAUAUUCUAUGACAACUGCAUCUCUCCGUCACCACUGCCGCUCUACCUGCACCACACCAUAUGACGAGAUGCGUCCUUGCCUCACAGCAUCGCUGUGCUUCUGGCCUCCACAGGCCUGUUCUCUCUUUCUCUGGCUGCUCUCGCCAUGUUUUUAUAUUCUUCUGUAUCGUUACACAUGAAAAAGUAGGGCUGUUAAUCUCUGACCUUUCAAAUAUUCUACUCGAUUACAAUCGUUUAGGAAGAAAUUCAGAGCGACAUUUCGCUAAUUUCAUCACGAGUUGAUUCAAUUAUAUAAUGAUUCUUUGGGAAAAGAUUCAUUGUUUCAUGAAAUUCAGAGUUUCAUCAUAAUUCAAAUCAGUUUGAGUAUGAUUAUUUCAAAAAAGAUUCAAUUCUUCAUAAAAUCUCCAGAUUUUUCACAAUUUGAUUCAGUUUGAUAAUGAUUCUUUCAAAAAAGAUUCAUUGAAUCAUUUCUCUAAUUUCAUCACAGUCUGACUUAAUUUGAAUGUAAUUCUUUAAGAAAUGAUUCAGUGUCACAAAAUCUCUAGUUUCAUCAUCAUUUGAUUCAAUUUGUUAAUGAUUCUUUCAAAGAUUCAAUUGUUCUAUAAUAUAAUGUGUUCAUUAUAUCAUGACAUUUCAGAUUCCUUCAUGAUUUGAUUCAGGUUGUUUGAUUCUUUAGCAAAUGACUCAGUUUUAAAGAAAUCUCUAAUCUCAAGUUUCAUCAUGAUUUAAUUAAAUCUGACGAUGAUUCUGUCAAAAAAGAUUCAGUGUAUUUUAUCAAAUUUUGACUCAGUUUGAUUAUGAUGUUUUAAGGAAAUGACUCAAUGCAUCAUGAAAUCUGAAAUUUAACUACAGUCCAGAAUUAUUAAAAAAUUUGCCUGAGAAUUUGAAAAUGGUCUGAAAACUGGCCAAAAAUGAUACUUAUACUUAAAUAUAUACUUUCUUGAAUGUUGUUAUAAUUGAUCAUAAUCAAGUUUCACAAUAGAACUAUUUGAAUUUCAAGCUUUUGAUUGAUACAUUGAUACAUUUUCCCACCUUUGUGUGCAUUUCUGUUAAAAAAAACCCUCUUCUUCUCAUCUUAACAUGGAUUUUAAAAGUGAUAUUUCUGUAUCCUGUCUUUACUGGGUUUGUAGGGUUUGUUAGAAAUAUGUGUUACUGUUUUGUCUCUGUGAUUUAUUAUUCUUUUCUCUCUUCUGUCGUGUGUAGCUUUAACUGGUUUGUUUAACAGAUGUAGGAUCGAAUAAUAGUAACAUAUAAAUCUAAAAACAGAACGUAACGGGUUUGUCUGAAAGGUGUAGAGCUGAAAGGUGUGAAGGUGAUUUAGUUGUUUUUUGGUAUAUAAGAUGAAUGACAUUUUAAAUUUGUGUCCAAAAGUUAAAGGACAUUUACUACUUUACUACUUUACAGGCCUUUAUCUCACACACGGGCCGACGUUUACACGGCCUCUUUAUCUCUAAAGAAUUCUGCAUAAUGUGAAGUUAAAUGGUGGCAAUUUGCCUACACUCACAACGGCUCAGCGACGUUUACAGCUCUCAGUGAUCAGCUGUAAUUUGAGCCUCGUUUGAAAGCAGUGUGUUAAAACAGAGUCAGAAUGACAGAGAAACCCUGUUUUUCUUGGUGUGAAUGAAAUAAAGAGUCCCUG